AUGUCUCUCGAAGUGGCGAAGUUCGCCGCCAACCACACGUACUCGGACGCGCCGAAGCCCACGAGCCAAUCAGCGGCGGCCUCUGAGGGGCACGGCCACUUCGGGAGAGCCAAUGAGAACGCUCCGAUCCUCAUCCUAGAGGACGCGUACGUGGAGGCCAACUGUUCGGAUUUCGGCGACGUGGCUUCGGCCAACAAUAAUAGCAGCAGUGCGUGUGGGAAUUUCACCUCCACGAGCAACGUGACGAAUAAUACGGCAGUGGGUGGCGACUCCUUCUAUUUCUAUGAGGACCUUUUCUCCCUUCUUCCUGCCCCUACCCUCUCCCGUCCAUAUACCCUCCCUCCCCCUCUUCCAGAGAGAGACAAGUCCAAAUGGACAUCUUUCAGAGAGACAAGUCCUAAAAGAGACUUCUGUUCUUCCAGUGGGACAAGUCCAACAAGAUUUUCCCCAGCUCCAAGUCCAAACGAUACUGAUGCAGAUUCUCUGGCCAACUCUAGACAAACUAUACCGGACGACCCAAGUCCACAAAGUCCAGCAGCAGGACUUCCGACGACUGACCAAGUCCGGAUAGAGUCUUCCCGGACUUGGAGUGAAGUCCUUCUUUAUGGAGGCUUGAUGCGGGGUCGCGAGUCUGGCAAAAUGGACGUAAUUGGAGACGAAGGAAGUUCAAAUAAAGUUGCCUCCUCCUCCUCCUCCUCCUCCUCCUCCUCCUCCUCCUCCUCCUCCUCCUCCUCCUCCUCUCCCUCUGGACGAGGAGGCCAUCCUAUAAAGAUCAGACAAUCCCUCGGAUCUGAUAGGAAAGCGAAUGGCAGCAGCCGCCGUCGUAGACGACUACGGCGACUGGCAAUCGCCAUGCAUCAUUUUCGAGGCUGA